AUGUUUCACAGUUGCCUGGGCCUAGUGGCCCACAGGCGGCGUUUAUCCAGCAGCCAGAACAUCCAUCCCCCAGGUCAAGAUCUACCGUGGCUCAAGGGCCUUCACCAGAGCCAUCACCACAAAGGACCAGAGGACCAGCAUCACUACAGUUGCCUCCACCUCCAUCUGUGGCUGCCACUAGGUCAAGAUACACGUCAGCACAAAGGCUCCACCACAGCCAUCACCAUCAACCCAGCCAGCAAGGAGGUCUCGUGGAGGUCUCGUAUAGCACUUGUACCCCCCACCUACACAGUAGCCCAUGCACCAUCACCCCCACCUACACAGCAGCCAGACCCACUGUCUUGGAAGACGGACAAAGACCUUGACACUGUCUUGACAUUUAUAAUGAAUACUAUGGAUUUAUGCUGCUGUGAGCCGGUGAAGGUUAUCAACUCUGCAAUCGCUCAGUCCUCCUUCUCCUUCCAUAGCCCCUUCAGUGGACAACCCCCCCUCCGAGAAAAUCCAAUGACCUUCACCCAGACAGAUUUUUUCAGCGACAUGAUCAACACUAGCCACGCUGGCUGCAGUCGUAACACUGAUCCCCCCGUUGAUGCUCCUGACCCUGACUGUGAUCUGGUCUUUGCUCCAGCUAUCGCUCCAGAGACUGUUGAGGGGUUUCUACGAGAUCUCCAGCAGUCUCUGGGCGAUACUACAGGAGAUGAGGUGGUAGCACAAACCCCAAGUGCUUCUCUGCUGGCCUCGACCAACUGGAGCACUCGAACAAGUUUUUUUUCAGAGAGCUGGAGGGCAGCGAGACCACAUCUGGUUAACACCGUAGUGGCCCAAGCAAAUGUGGGAACACACAUUUGCCAACAGUGUUGGAGCAAAACGUCUGUUGUCUGGUGCCGGGAUUGCCGACCACAUCCCUUCUUCUGUGCUGACUGUGAUGUCAGCAUGCACACCAGACACCCCCUCCACAACAGAGAUGCUACUACUGCAGGUUACUUCCAGCCAUUGGCCCCAACAACACAUGUACUAAAUAUGGCCCUUUGCUCCUGUGUGCGGUUUGUACCUGUGGAGAUCCCGGACAAAAUCUGUGGUUGUGCAUCAGAGUCAUUGAGCCUCAAGCCAGGAAAGACUGUGACUGUGAUCACAAUGAAUGGACGACAUGAGCUAAGCAUGCCAGAGUUGGCUUGUGAAGCAUGCGCUGCGACAUGGACGUAG